UGAUAACACCCAAAGUCCAUAUCUUGUAGAUCAAGUCUUGUAGGUUGGCUGUUUUAUAGACGAAGACUCCAAACAUUAUUCCUUCAAAUCAGCAGAAUUAGAUUGUGAUUGGAAUCACUUUCCUCUAAUCAAGCAUCACCUUUACUGAUUUUAUAGAGUGCAUCAUUUUUUACAACUCCAACUUAUCACAUAACGUUUUCUCUUUUAAAUCAUAUGCUUUGUCUUGCUCCUUUGUUUCUACUCUCCAACAGUAAUAGACAAAAUCCUCAAUUUCUUCUUUAAAAGAGCAUUAAAUCUCCUUUGAUCUUCCAAUUCUCACAGAAUCUCUCAACAGCUCGAAAAUUGAAUAAAUGCUGAUACACCCUCUUCUUUUUUUAAUCCUUAUUUCUGAAAAAUUAUGAAAAGAUUUCUUUUUGUUCCUUUGUCUUCUAAACUUCUGAAUCAAAAACAAUCUCAUAUUUUCAAUCCUUAAAACCAUUUUAUUUUUUUGUUUAAUUCUUUCAUUUUCCCACUUCUGUAUUCAUCUUUUUUGUGUCUGUGAAAGGAAUAUGUGGUGUUAUGUGCUCAGAAACAAGUCCUCCCCGUCUCUCUUUCUCCCAUGAUCUCUCUGAACUACAAGUUUUACCAAUGAAACAAGGUGCUCCUUGUAGAGACACAUUGUUGCAUGACUCAAAUUCUGACUUCGAGUUCAUCACAAGCACCGACCUUGAGUUCGAAUCGUCUUCAGCAGAUGAACUCUUCUCUAAUGGGGUGAUCCUUCCAAUUCAAAUGCAAGAAAAAACCACAGCUAGAAAACUCACUCACCAUGUGGAAUCUCCUCACCCAAAACUUCCUCCUCGUCCGUGUGCCUCAAGUGUUGACAAAGUGAAGAAAGAAACCAUUAGAGAACUCCUAGAUGUGAAUUCUGAUAAUGAGAAGAAGCCUCAUUCCAAAUCCUUUUGGGGAUUCAAUAGAAGUAAAAGUCUCAAUUGUGAUACAAAGAAGAACUUGGUAUGCUCUUCACCUCUUUUGUCAAGAAGCAACUCAACAGGUUCAGUGUCAAAUCCAAAGAGAGUGAGUUCAAACAAGCAUCCAUCAGCUGCUAAAUCAUCAUCAUCAUCAUAUUCAUUUUCUACCUUAAAUAUGUAUCCUAUGCAAAAAUCUCCUUCAGGUAAGAGUUAUGGAGGGUCUUAUCCCAAUGGCCUUAGGAUUAAUCCUGUCUUGAACGUACCGACACCUUGUGUUUCGAAGGGAAGUGCAAAUCUCUUAGGUUUGGGUUCAUUUUUACGUGUUGGGAAGGUUAAGAAGAGCAAGAAGUGAUUUUUUCAUAUGCUAUCAUCAUCAUCUUCAUCAUCAUCAUGUCAUGAAUUCAUCUUGGUUCAAUUUCAUAAUCAUUGUUUGCUAUUGAACAGACAAAGAAAGUGAGAAUUAAUAAAGUCUAGUACUCUAGUUACUAAUUAGCAUGGCAAUCAAUGAAGUUGAUUAAGCUAUAUGAAGAUUGAAGAUAAUGAUUAUUAGUAUUAGAAAUUAAAAGACUAUUGUAACAGAUUAUGGAUCUUCUGCAUGCCAUGUCCAUUCAGAUAAAAGGGUCCCCAGCUUGGGAGACAGAACAACGGGAAUCCAUCUUUAGUGUUUUGUCCCAUUUUGUUUUCUUCUGUGCUUCCUCCCAAUUCAUAAUUUCUUUUGGUGCUUAUUCAGAUAAGCACCGGUUUUUAUUUGAGUAA